AUGGAAAAUUCAUGGAUUCGCUUCACUGUCUUAGUUUCUGGUGUACUCUUUUUCCUUUUUUAUGUACCAGUUUCCAAUGCACAACUAGCACCAGCAGAAAGCAGAAUCCUUUUUCAAGUUCAACAGAUUCUUGAAUUUCCACCAGCUCUUCAAACUUGGAAUAACUGGACUAGCUUUUGCUGUCUCCCUCACACCCCUUUUUUAGUAAUUGUCUGUUCAAAUAAUCACAUUACUGAAUUAACCAUAGUAGGAAACAAAAGUUUUUCAUCUCAGAUUACGAAACUUUCUCCCAGGAACUUUGCAAUUUCUCAGCAUACUCUUUCGGUUAAAUUUUCAAUAGACACAUUCUUCACUGUCCUAACAAAGCUUUCAAAUCUGCAGAAGCUAUCUCUAGUGUCAUUAGGAUUAUGGGGUCCCUUGUCAGAUAAAAUUAACCAGUUUCGAUCACUUUCAGUUUUAAACAUUAGCUCCAAUUUCAUCUAUGGUAGCAUUACUCCGUCAAUUGCCACUUCUCAAAGUCUAAGAAGUCUUGUCUUGAGCAAUAAUUUGCUCAAUGGAAGUGUUCCUGAUCUCAAAGGAUUAAAAUUUCUUGAAGAAAUAGAUUUGAGUAACAAUCACCUGGGGCCGGAAUUUCCAUCCUUACCCAACAGUCUCAUAUGUAUCACCUUAGGGAACAAUUCUUUGAGAUCUGAAAUUCCUCGAGAUUUCCAUGCGUUUAAUAAGCUUCAAAUACUCAGUCUUUCCUCGUGUAAACUUAUUGGACCGAUUCCGUCUUUCUUGUUUUCUCUACCGUCGAUUAUGUUCAUCAAUCUGGCAAAAAAUCAGUUCAGUGGAGCACUUUCAACAAAUGUAUCUUGCAAUGGGAAUCUUACUUUUAUAGACAUUUCCUAUAAUCUUUUGAUUGGGAACUUACCUUCUUGCCUUGGGUCAAAUACGGAAAACAAGACAGUCAUUACUACAUGGAAUUGUCUGUCGAAUACAACAACAAAGUAUCAGCGCUCUUAUACGUUCUGCCAUAAAGAAGCAUUGGCUGUAGAGCCACCGGCAAGAGACAGGGAGAGUUCCACCCUGAAACUUGGCAUUGUUCUUGGUAUAAUUGGGGGCAUUAUUGCAAUCUUAGGUGCAUUCGGGUUCUUGGCCCUGGCCUUCUUCAGAAAGGUACAACGAAACAGAGCAGAUGAUUCCAAAUGUGACAGCUUCAUUAUCGAGAAAACUUCUGUACACGGCUUUCCAAUUGGAAAUGGAAGGCACGUGCCACAGCCAAUGCGGUUGACAUCAAUCGGAUUGCCACUGUAUCAUGUUUUCACACUGGAGGAAAUGGAAGAUGCAACAAAUAACUUCGAUCCAUCUAAUCUGGUGGGAGGAGGAUUCCAGGAUCUGGUCUAUAAAGGUCGGCUUAGAGAUGGCUCAGUGGUUCUAGUGAAAUGUCUAAAACUAAAACAAAAACAUUCACCUCAAGCUCUGCAACAGAAGAUGGAAGUAAUAUCCAAGCUUAGGCAUCGACAUUUGGUCAGUGUUCUUGGACACUGUAUUGUCGCAUACCAGGACCAUCCUAAUACAUCUACCACAGUUUUUAUUGUUCUUGAGAACAUUGCCAACGGGUCAUUAAGAGAUCUUCUUAGUGAUUGGAGAAAAAGGGAAGUUUUGAAAUGGCCACAGAGAAUGGCAAUUACUAUGGGAAUUGCAAGGGGCAUCCAGUACCUGCACACAGGAGGAGUCCAAGGAAAUGAUCUGAAAACAGAGAACAUACGGUUGGAUGAGAGCCUCACUGCAAAAAUAAGCAGCUAUAAUUUGGCUCUGCUUUCUAAGGGUGGUACAGAAAGCCCUGAAAGUCCAGAGACUGAUGAUAUUUAUCGUUUGGGAGUUAUUCUGAUUGAGGUUAUUACUGGUAGACCUAUAAACUCUCAGAGUGAGCUAGACGACCUGAAGUUUCAGUUCGAAAGGAGAUUAUCAGUAACACCAGCAGAACUGCGAGGACUUAUAGAUCCCUCUAUACGGGGAACUUUUGCAUACGAUUCACUAAAAACUGUUGUACAAAUCACCAUGAACUGCCUAUGUAAAGAUUCAAGCAAGCGCCCGACGGUGGAAGAUGUUCUUUGGCAUAUGCAUUAUUCAGUUCAAGUUCAAGAAGGAUGGACAGGCAGUGGAAACCUUAGUGGAAACCUCAGUGGGAAUCUUUGUAGAAACCUUGAACACACUCGGUAA